CAAUAGAGUCUAACCUCUUUUUUAUUGUUAACUAUGAAGAUCUAUCAUCAGCUCGGUAAUGCACUUUCCUCUAACAGAGCAUCGUCCUCCUAAAGAGUUGUGAAGUAUUGCUAAUAUGACGAGGAAAGACACCUCAUGUCUUAGGUCACACUCCACUUGAAUGCUUCGUGAAACCGCUCAACAUUAUAUGCUUUUCAGUAUUCACCCUUGAUGCUUUUGUGACUUCUGUUGUUGAAAUAAGGUUGUAACACUCUUCAACACCUAUUUGUAUACAGGCCCCUAUGCAUGUUAUUAUUGUGAACAUUCAACUAUUCGGCUCAUAGCACCACUAAUGGCUCUGAGAGAGGUCAAUUCCUUUGGAUGCACCUAUGUCGUCAUGUCAACAUGUUACGAUAUCCUAUAAGAUAAGCUAAUUCUGUCUCCAGCAACUAGAAGGGCGCCAGCUACCUUUAGUUGCAAAUCCAUUUUCAUGUCGAUCAUUUUCGGUACGUCGAAAGGUAGCUACUUGCUCCUAAUUGUGGGAUACCCUUCCAAACAUGUGCGCACACGCAUGUAUAUUGGACUCUGCAUAUUGCUUGCCCCGUGUAUCAUAGCGCCCAGCCUAUUACCAUAAGUACGCAGGAAACCUCUUCCACAGCCAAGAUUGUUUGGAAGGAAGCAUCGUGAUGUUGAUGCCUUCUUUGGUUCUCUGUUAUCGUGACCGACUAUCAUUAUACCAACAGGGGCGUCCGCAUUAAAAAAAAUGGCGCACUUUCCCCAGAGAACAUCUCCAUUAUAUUAUUAAUUUUAGCCAUCCUGACUACAUUUUCUGUCUUUAAACUAAUAAAUUUUGGCUGAAUAAACGUUUCCUACAAACAAACCUUUAGGAUCGUUUAAUUCCAGUUUGUAAAGAAAACACGGUGGAAAGUUUUAUGGAGAGACGUGAUAAGGAAUGGGAUGAGACUCCCAAUCAGAUAAGAGUACGGCCUGAUGCAGCAACAGCAUCUAUAGAAUCUACAAGUUCCGUGAUUUGCAGUAUGGGCACAUGCCACCUCAUCAAUAGUGGAACCGUACUAGUGUCCAACUAUUCUAUUUAUUUAUCCUUGUGCCUCUCCAACUUUCCUACGGUAAUCUUGUCUCAUCAAUAGUGGAACCGUGUUAGUGUCCAACUAUUCUAUUUAUUUAUCCUUCUACCUCUCCAACUUUCCUACGGUAAUCUUGUGUGUUGUAAAGCGGUCGGCUGAGCCAAAAAUUUCUCACUUUGACCCUGCACGAGCCUUCUUCGCAUUACUGUUUUCCGCAGAUGUACCUUUCAUUUUGCAUUUUAUACGUACAUAUAUAGAUCCAGAUGUAAUGUUCGAGUAGAUAGUAAUUGGAUAGCACUGCGUUCUUCGGCUUUACAAGAAGAAAGAAGAUGGCAGUUCAAAUUCAUCCAAACGACAACAAAGUAGUCGAGUAUCAGGAGGAAUGUAUAAGAAACGCAAGAGGAGUUCAGCUUUUUACUUGCAAAUGGCUGCCUUUUUCUUCUGCAAAAGCUGUUGUUUUCCUUUGCCAUGGUUAUGGCAUGGAAUGCAGCGGUUUCAUGAGAGAAUGUGGAACCAGGCUAGCAAGUGCUGGGUAUGCUGUGUUUGGCAUCGACUAUGAAGGACAUGGGCGGUCCCUGGGAGCUCGUUGUUACAUCAAGAAAUUUAAAAAUAUCGUUAAUGACUGUAACGACUUUUUCAAGUCUGUCUGUGCGCAGGAAGAGUUCAGGGACAAGGGAAGGUUCUUGUAUGGUGAGUCAAUGGGAGGAGCUGUGGCUCUUCUACUUCACAAAAAAGACCCACCUUUCUGGAAUGGUGCUGUUCUUGUUGCACCAAUGUGCAAGAUUUCAGAGAAGGUGAAGCCACAUCCUGUAGUUAUCAAUAUAUUAACCAGAGUGGAAGAGAUUAUACCAAAAUGGAAGAUUGUACCCACAAAAGAUGUCAUUGACUCUGCUUUCAAGGACCCUAUUAAGCGAGAAGAGAUAAGAAGCAAUAAGUUGAUAUACCAAGAUAAGCCCAGGCUGAAAACAGCAUUGGAAAUGCUCAGAACCAGCAUGAACCUUGAAGACAGUUUAAACGAGGUGACAAUACCAUUCUUUGUGUUACACGGGGAAGCAGACACAGUAACAGACCCAGAAGUGAGCAAGGCACUGUACGAGCGGGCCACCAGCAAGGACAAGACCAUAAAAUUGUACCCAGGAAUGUGGCAUGCUUUAACAUCAGGAGAACCAGAUGAAAACGUAGAUGUUGUUUUUGGUGAUAUCAUUGCUUGGCUUGAUAAGCGCACUAGUGAUGCCAGUGCUAUGGUAGUCACGCCGAUUCACCCAUCGUUUUGCGAUGGCAUUCAGAAACUCACUGAUGCCAACCAACGUACAUCGAUUCAACAACGUAGCUAUUUGUGUGGGCUGAGAGGAAGUCGCAUGUUCCAUCACUCAGCAAUGUAGCUCUAGGUCAAAACCCAGAUAGACCUCUUUAUGUGGCUACCAAAUUUCAAUUGGUGGUUUUUUUAGCACUUUCAUUUGCAAGAUGUGCACCCUGAAUUGGAAAUAAAAUAAGGGUCAGUAUUCAUGCUUUGUUGGACAGAGGCAAGGCAUUCAUAUUAAUCAUAUAAAAUUAAGAAUUGAGAAGAACUCGUUGAAGACAA